AUGAACACAGUAAAUGCGCGCGAGGCUCCUCUUCCCGCUAUAAAUAUUCUUCGCAGAUCGCACUCGCCUCUCCAAGAAAUCCGAGAGAAAGUAUCGCAGUUUUCUGAUCAGGGAGGAGUAGCAAUGCAGCUUUCCAGGAAGCCGCUUCUGGCUCUGCUUCUGGUGCUGGCCGCUCUGCCGUCGCGGGCAAUGGCGGGCCACGACGGCGACGGGCCGCCGGCGGCGGCGUGCUCGCCGGCCGACCGGGCGGCGUUGCUCGGGUUCAAGGCCAGCGUCUCUGCCGACACGACGGGGAUUCUUGCCACGUGGGAGGGUGACGACUGCUGCGGCGCGUGGGAGGGCGUGUCGUGCGACGCCGCCACGGGGAGGGUCGUCGCGCUGCAGCUGGAGGCGCCGCCGCCUCUGCUGCCACCGCGGCGGCAUUACAUGGAGGGAACGCUGUCGGGUUCCCUCGGCGGGCUCGAGUUCCUGGAGACGCUGGUGAUCCGCGACAUGGCGCGGAUCGGGGGCGCCAUCCCGGCGAGCCUGUCGCGGCUGUCGCGCCUGAAGCAGCUCUACCUCGAGGGCAACCUGCUCGCCGGCGGCAUCCCCAGCAGCCUCAGCAAGAUCACCUCCCUCCAGUACCUGUCGCUCGCCGGCAACCGGCUCGAGGGGAAGCUGCCGCCGGAGCUCGGGUCACUUUCCAGCCUGGUGCAGAUCAACCUCGCCGGGAACAGGCUCUCCGGCGAGGUACCACCGAGCUACAAGAAUCUCUCCAGGUUGGAGUAUCUUGACCUGAGCAAUAACCUCCUCUCCGGUGCAAUUCCGGCGUUCUUUGGGCUGCAGCUCAGGAGCCUUGCCUUGCUCGACCUUAGCAACAACAGCUUCUCCGGCGAGAUACCGGCGUCGCUGUGCUGCCUGCGCAACCUCACUGAUUUCUCCGUGAGCCAUAACAAGCUCACCGGCGUGAUCCCUUCCCAAAUCGGCAGCAUCGCGUCUCUGAAUUCUCUCUCCAUUGACAGCAAUCUGCUCGUAGGCUCCAUCCCAGAGUCACUGUUCGGUCUGCGGAAGCUGUGGAAUCUGAACCUGUCAAGAAACGGGUUGUCAGGUUCACUUCCUCCCGGAAUUCGCCAUGGAUUGCCGGCAAUCGUAUCCAUGGACCUCUCCCACAAUCAUCUCGUCGGCGGCAUUGAUCAGUUCUUCCGAAGCAUAUCAACACCAGGGAGGCCGACCAAGCUGAUCUCCAGCAAGAACGCAAGCUCGGAUAUGUCAGUGAUCUUUCUUCCUCGGGAACUGCAGCAUCUGGACCUGUCCAAGAACAGGAUCACCGGAGCGCUGCCGGAGUUCGGCGCCGGCGCGAGCCUGAUUUGGCUCGACGUGUCAGGCAACGCCAUCGGCGGCCAGAUACCGGGCUCUGUCUCGAAGCUGAGCGGCCUCCAGAGGCUGGACAUCUCCCGGAACAAGAUCAGGGGCACCAUCCCGGCAUCCAUGGCGGGGAUGGCGAGCCUCCGGUGGCUGGACAUGUCGGGCAACGCGAUCGUCGGGAGGAUACCGGACAGCUUCGCGGGGAUGGCGAGGCUCCGGCACGCGAGCUUCAGGGGCAACAAGCUGUGCGGCAAGAUACCGCAGGCCAGGCCGUUCAACCUGCUCCCCGCCGCGGCCUACGCCGGCAACCUGUGCCUGUGCGGCAAGCCGCUGCCGCCGUGCAGGCAGAUUUGACGCCCGCCGGCGAGACGGAUUGGCAGGUCUCGAUAGCGUGGCAGCGAAUUGCUGCCUUGCCGUGCAACCGCAGAGAGGCAGCGUGCUCCUCAGCGACAUAUAUACUGUGGUCGGUGACAUGGUUCGUUUCGGUACAGUGCAAGUGUGCAACACUACUUUGUGUAACAUGUUUUAACAGGUUAUAGAUGUAUCGUACUACCUUCGGUUUUAGACAUACGCUUGAUGUUUUGUCUUUAAAAAAAUGUGUGUAAUUACCAUU